AUGGCGCACUGGACUGUCACUUUGAUUUGCUUCUCCAGACCGGUUUUACCUGUCUGGCUACACCGACUGGGUGGUGCUGUUGUGGGGUACGGUGCUGGUGCUGGUGCUGGUGCUGGUACGGUAGGCACGCUCCUCAGCAUCAAACACUCGCUGCAAGACUGCGCGCCCUCGCCAUUGGGAAACAGCGCGCGCAUUGAGCAUGGUGGUGGUGGUGGUGGUGGUGGUGGUAGUAAUCAUGCUGAGCGGAGAUGA